UAUCCGCUAUAAUAGAAAAGAAGAAGAAGCCUGAACAUGCUAAGCUAGAAAACUGCUGCUUUUUCUCGUCUGAGCUAAUAUUUCAGCAACCAUGUCUUCAGUUCAGCAUCUCAGAGAGUUUAUCAGAGAGCGACUAACUGCUGCUGCUCAAGAAAUCUUCACAGAGGUUGAAAAAACCAUAAUUUGCUACGAGGAAGAGCUCGAUGCUCAGCGCAGAAUGAUGGGGAUCAACUGGAAUCCACAAAUUAAGCUACACAGAGUCGGUUCGGAGCUGCAGAGACAAAGUUCUGACCUCCAACAGCCAAGUGUCUCCAAUGAGGAAGAAGAUUCUGCCAUCCAAGAAGUCUGGAGCCUGGCAAGUAGGUCCAGUCAGGACCAGAAAAAACAUCAGUGGACUGAAGAGGAACAGAGGGAACCAGGAACAAAAUGGAUUAAAAAAGAAGAGAAGGAACCAGAACCUACACUGUUUAAACAUGAGGAAAUAGAAUAUCCCAUAUCAUAUGUAAGAAAAGAGGAGCUUGAUUCUUUGGUGCUUCAACAUGAACAGCUGCCACAUUUACCAACUGGACAGGACCAGAAUGACCUCUGCAGCAGUCAGGAGGGAGAGCAGCUUGACCAGAAGCAGUUUGUUGCUUUGAUUGAGACUUUUACUCUUCAGGAAGAUGAUAUGAAUGAAGAAGAGACGAGAACAGAGCAGCUUUCCCUUCAUGUCUCUCCAGUGGUUGAGAGCAAAGAUCAGGAAGGAAGCAGCUCCUCUGUGUCAGAAAGUCGGUCUGAUACUGGCACAAAGAAAAGACCUUUCAAAUGUGACAUUUGUGGGAAAUGUUACCCACAUCAGUGUAAAUUGAGAAACCAUUACAGAACCCACACUGGUGAGAGACCUUUUUCAUGUGAAACAUGCGGAAAAAGUUUCUCUACAAGUAAUGUUUUAAAUAGUCACAAGAAAACUCAUACAGGUGAGAAACCUUUUUCAUGCCAGAUAUGUGGAAAGAGUUUCUCACGAAUGAGUCACUUAAAUCGUCACAAGAAAACUCAUACAGGUGAGGAGCUUUUUUCAUGCCAGUCUUGUCAAAAAAGCUUCAGUCGAAGGGAUAAUUUGAAAAUUCACAUAAAAACCCAUACAGGUCAGGGGCUGCUGUGAAGCCAAACCUAUGGGAAAAUAAAUUGUUCUUUGUAAUUGGUUACUUAAUUAUUCUCAUUAGAACCCACAUUCAGGAGCUGGGUUUUCCUCAUGAAAUAUGGAGAAGAAAAGUGUUCUUUUAUGUUGGUGAUCUGAAUUUCCACAUGAAACAAAUACACAAAAGUGAGAAUUAGUCAUUUAACUCACAGAUUUAUUGUAAUAAAUAUUAAACCCUUUAUUGGAUUGUUUUCACUUUGCAAAAUGCAUUAGAUCUUCACCUAUUUUUGGUUGCCCAUUUAUGGAUUUUUUUUUAUUGUGGUGCAUAUCUAAGAAAUUUGAGGUAUAUUUAGAAUAUUCAAAACCAUUUCAACUGGUUUGUAAUUGUAAAUAUUGAGGCACAAUGUUACUUAACAUGCCACUGACUGACUUUUGCAAAGUAGCCAAUCAGGACGCUUUCAACAUCCUGAAUGCAGAAUCCUCAAAAUUUUACUUUCAGAUGUAAAUCUGUUUGUCAUGAGUAACAUACCAACGUUUCAUACUUUACUGAAGAAUUUUAUGUAUAAAUUUAUGUGCCGCUUGGAUUUAUCAAACGCCUUAACAAAACCUCUGACAACUUCAAGAUAUAUUUGAUAUAUUUCUAGCUUUUUAACAGUUGGAAUAAUUGUUUAUCUGCUUUGUGAUUUUUCAUUUUUUACUUGAAAUAUGUAUUUAAUUUUAUUCUAAAUAUGUAUUUAAUUCUAAAUGGU